AUGGAUCCACCACCGAGGAAAGAUAAGACCCGAAGAAAGGCUACGCGAGCUUUAGGAGUGAACGAUGACUGGCAGACUAGAAGAUCUCUGGCAGAAACCAACCUGUUCAUGCUAGAAAACAAGAUUGCCUGUGAUGUCACGUUCUGCGUUGGACCAACAAGGGAGAUAAUUCAAGUUCACAAGUUCAUGCUGGUAAGUCGCAGUCACGUGUUUACAGCCAUGUUUACUGGUCCAAUGGCUGAAACGGGUGUGGUGGAUAUCCCGGAUGUUGCCGUCACUGUCUUUAAUAUGUUUCUCAGAUUCGUGUAUGCUGAUGACGUCACAGUGAAAUCUGAUAACGUAAUACAUCUACUGUACCUAGCCAAAAAGUACAGCACUGGAAAGCUGGAAGAUAUUUGUCUGAAAUUCCUUAAAACAUCCUUAAACGCCAAGAACGUCUGCACUGUCCUGGAACUAGCCAAGCUAUUUAAUUUAGAUGGACUAUGUAACACGGCCAUUAAAUAUAUCUUGGAAAACGGAAAGUCGACUUUGGAGUCACGUGAUUUUCUGACCUUAUCACAGAAGUCUGUACUGGAUGUCGUGAAGUCUGAUGACCUCCAGGCAGACGAGAAAGAAGUAUUCCAGGCUGCCUUUGAAUGGGCCAAGCACCAGUGUGAGAAGAAACACGUGGCCAUCAAUACGGAAACUUUACGAAAACAACUUGGCGACAUCGUCCAGCAGAUCCGCUUCCCUCUUCUAGACAAAGAGUUCUUUGAACGGACAGUUGUUCGUAGCGGCGUGUUGACAGACAAGGAGCAGUUGCUGAUUCACAACCAUGCUGUCUGCAAAGAUGUUUCUAUGGCGCCAUUUUCUAACAAACCGAGAAACUUCAAAAGCAAGCACAGCGGUGGUAUUAUAUGUGACGUUUGUGGAUGCACGAGGACGAACUAUGCAAAUAAUCCGUACUUGUUUAGGUGUUGCCAGAACUGUGGAAAGCGUUUCUAA